AUGUCUCGAGAAGAUGCUUCUGAUGUGAUUGUAUUAAGGUCAGCUUGGCCAAAAUAUUCAUUAGAUGAAUAUCGAUAUCGUGUUGCUAAUUCAUCAGUACUUAUGAUAGCUGGGCAAAUGGAUCCUGCGACACCAUUCGAUUUAGCUACACAUCUAGCAACAAUAACAAUGAAAACUCGAAAAUUGUAUUCAAUUCCAUUAGUUGGACACGUCAUUGCACCGAUUGCCUCUUUAGGCUAUUCGUGUCCACUACAAUUAAUUCUUUCUUGGGCAUUUCCAACUCUAUUUUCAAGCGAAUGGAGUGAUCCAGCAUGUAUUCAAGAUCUUCCGACAACAAUUGAUUUUAUAGGUACAACUGAAAUGGGUCGACAAACUUCACUGAUACUCUUCAAUGUCACUGUACCUUUUGGAACUUCUCAACAGCAGCAGAAUGGAACUUCUGAUUGUUCUACUUUGUCGAAUUCCGUCUCUAACCAUAUGAUUUAUAUACAUAUCUUAUUUUUCUUCAAAGUGCUCAUAUAA